CUUAGUUCAUCAACCACGUUGCGUGGACAUAGUUGCGUGAGUUUGUUGUUUGUCAUACCGUUUUGUGAAGUUUGAAAAUGUAAAAUAGUAGUACAAUCAAAAUAAUUCUAGUUCCUCCAUUCCUAUACAAAACAAAAAAGUGAUUGUAUCAUUCUAAUAAUCGUAUGAAACUUACGUUUCAAACAAACAUGAGUGUUGGUUCUUGUAAUUAAAAUAUUGUGUAAAUUAUAUUUUGUGAAUAUAUGGAAAAUAUUAUGGAAUCUGGCAAAUCGUUUUUCAUACGGGAUCUUCUUGGAGAUUUAAUAAGCUGCCGAGAAUCUGAGCACUCAUUUUCAACCCAGCUAACUUCUGAUGACGAAGAAAACAGUGAUGUAGAUGUAGAAGAUGGAUCUUCUGAUUCUGGAACUAAUGGCCCCAUUAAUUCAUACAUCACCCAAGAAAAUGAGACCAAUGAACAUAUUCGUCGUACAUUACUUCUCUCAAUUGACGGAUCUCACAACACGGAAUACGACUUAAGUUCAACAAAGGAUAUUUAUACACCGGCUACAAUUAUGAAAAGUGGAAGAAAACCUCGUAGACGAAGAACUGCUUUUACUCAUGCCCAAUUAGCUUAUUUGGAACGAAAAUUUAGGUGUCAAAAAUACUUAUCAGUUGCAGACAGAAGCGAUGUUGCUGAUGCAUUAAAUCUGUCAGAGACGCAGGUUAAAACAUGGUAUCAGAACCGAAGAACUAAAUGGAAACGGCAAAAUCAACUUCGCCUGGAACAGCUGAGACAUCAGGCUUCUUCAUCUCAUCAUCAUUCUAUAGAGAAAAAAAUAAUAAACGUUGCAGCUACAACAAGAGGCCCAAUAGCACCACAACAUCAUCAACAAGCUGAUCAUCCAUCUGGAUCAUUGCCAUCCAUGAGAACCGGAAAUCAAUGUUGUCCCACGCCACCUGCUCUAGUUGUUUCAUCAUCAUCGUUCAUUACAUCAAACCCAUGUAGUUUUCUAACUUCUGCUGCAGCUAUUUUCCGGAAUGUUGGUCAGCCAUGGACGUCAAGUUCUUUGCUCUAGAUAUCCAUGUAAAUUGUAAAUAUCAGUGUUCAAUAUGCAACAACAAAAUAAAAGUGUGUCAUUUAAUAGAAGAA